AGUGUAUACACAUCAGUCUGUCCGCUGUCGGACCGCGGAGUGCGAUUCUUCAUUAUAUCGUCGCUCCCUAUACGAAGAGUAGCACUGUUCAACUUUCCCGUAACAAGUAGCACAACUCAUUUGACGCACGCUAGACUAUCACAACUCGAACUUUCAACAACGAAUUUCUAUAAAAAUUUCCGCAAAAUUUUUGCGAAAAAGUGUCGUCCCUGAUGUACAUUUUUAAAUGUUCACAAUUCGCAACUUUUUACCGAAUUUGAAAUUGUUUUCACAAAUACAAUAAUUUUUUACAAACAUUUUUUGAAAUUAUUCACUUUUUUUUAGAAACCUUUUAAAACUUUGAGGCUUGUCUGUCUAUUUGUCCAAGGUUUUCUGCAUGAACUUAAGCAACAAAAUAACCCAAUAAAAACGUAAACGUAAAAUACUCACAUAUUUUAAGUAAUAUAGAGUCGCGAGCUGUGCUACUCUUGACCGCAUUUCUGAACUGUGCUACUCUUCGCUGCAAACCGCAAGUUGUGCUAGUUUUCGUUUGAAAAUUUGAACUGUGCUAGUCUUCGUACGGAGCGACGAUAUAUGUAUACAUGUUUUUUUUCCUAUUUGCAAUAUGUUAAUUUAGAAUUUUGUUUACACUAAAGGAAAUACGUGCCACUUAUAUAUAUAUAGAUUAGCCUUUUUGCGUGCCGCGCGGACUGGAAAAUCGCAAAAUCUGCCCGCGCAUAUUGAGAAUUGAGGUUACAUAUUACUGAUUUGACAGUGAUUGUAUGUACAUAUAUGUAGGUAUAUAUAAUUAGUAGUGUCGUGCAAUGUGCAUACAAUGUUGAUGUAUCAGUAGGUAUUCAGUAGUAAGCAGCGCACCUGAUGGUACUUAGUGCCAAGUGUAGUCGGUGUUUUUGCUCUUCCGAGACUUGAACUCCGAAAUACCAAAAGUUCAAACAUGCGAUUAAAUAAGGUGCCAAAUUUUUCGUUGCAAAUAUAAUUAUUGCAACAUCUUGAAGGUGGUAUCAACUCAAAAUCACACUAGAGAUAAAGAUUAAUCACAUAAGUAGUGUGCUCCAAAAUGUUCUUUGGAAAUAUUGCAUUAAUGCGCAAAUGAACGCUGACAACUGUUUAAGCAGCGAUUAACUUUGAUAAAAACAAUGUUAUAAGUAAAGGACAUUGUGGCAGCAGUGAUCCAAAACACUCCAAAUUGAAUACAUAUAUUUCGAAAGCUGAUUAUUUGAAGAUUCCUAUAUCCCCCUCUAGUCAACAUAACCUAAUUUGGUGACGUAUGUUUAAAAAAAAAAUUUAACUUCAACAUGAUCAAAGCAAUUUUGGUAUUUAAUAAUCAUGGCAAACCAAGACUUUCCAAAUUUUAUCAGUACUUUAAUGAAGAUAUGCAGCAACAAAUAAUAAAGGAAACUUUUCACUUGGUUUCCAAAAGAGAUGAUAAUGUUUGUAAUUUUUUAGAGGGUGGUAGUCUUAUCGGUGGUUCUGAUUAUAAAUUGAUUUAUCGUCACUAUGCAACACUAUACUUUGUAUUUUGUGUAGAUAGCUCAGAAUCUGAACUUGGUAUUCUAGAUUUGAUUCAAGUUUUUGUAGAAACACUUGAUAAGUGUUUUGAGAAUGUUUGUGAAUUAGAUCUUAUUUUUCAUGUUGAUAAGGUCCAUUAUAUUCUCAAUGAACUAGUAAUGGGUGGUAUGGUUUUAGAAACAAAUAUGACUGAAAUUCUAACCAGGAUUGAGGAUCAGAAUAAGUUAGAAAAACAAGAGGCUGGAAUAACAGCAGCACCAGCACGUGCAGUGUCAGCUGUGAAAAAUAUGAACAUACCACAGCAAAUCAAGGACAUGAAGCUGCCUGAUUUACCUCAGGCAAUCAAGGACCUGAAAUUCUGACCAGCCGUCACAUCGCUAGCUCCUAGCUGACUGGUAUCUACAACAAUUUUUCACAUACUUCAAAUCACAAGAAUUUAUUUAAUUCCUUUUGAAGACAAUGAGAAUGUCCCCAAGGUUUGUGACACUUCACUAUGCAUUUCGUUGUAUACACUGUCUCGUCGUUAUCAAGUUGAAGACUGGUGGUGACUUAAUAGCAUUUUGGAGGUGGUUUUUGAGAAAUUUUUUGUGUAUCUUAUAAAUUCGAAUAUGAAAAAAAUGCACACAUAAAUUUUUAGCAAUAUAUAGAACAAAUUAAUCAAUGCUUUAUAAAGAAACAGGUCACAGAGUACUUCAAUGCUAACUAUACAGAAUCUAUAAAAACUUUGUGAAAUUAUUUUUCUAUGCCAUUAAAAAAAAUGCUUUUGAAACGUGCGCCUUAUUCCGCUACAAAUAGUCUUAAAAUUCCUUGUAUGGUAGAUAUAAAAUAAAAUUCAAGCACUUUUAAUUUAUAUCUAACAAAUUCAUAACCUUUCUAAGACAAAAUAUACUUUUUUAAAAAUAUAUAUAUACAUAUAUAAUUAUAUUAAAAAUAAUCUAGUUGUAAUAAAAUAUGCAGGUAUUGUGUAAAUUUUCAUUUAACUAAAGACUAUACGAUUAAAUUUAAAAGGUAUUUAAAUUUUAUAUUGAAUAAAAAAAAAUUCGUCUUGCUUGAAAUAAAAUAAAAUUUUAAAUCGUCACAAUCUUUUCUUUGACAUUAAGUAUAUGAUUAUGUACACAAUUCUUUUUAUAUGCUACCUAUAAUUAAAAUGUUAUACAUUUAUAAUGCAAAAAUAUCUUCAGGAUACUUUAUAAAAUUAGUGCAUUAUUCUACAUUAAAAUGUCAUGUAACAAUUAUGAACAAAGCUAGCUUUUUUUCGAAAAUUCUUGGAAAAUCACCGCUAGUAUUAUUACAGUUAAAUUACAUCACAGUGUUAUUUGUACAUAGGUUCAAAAUACAAAUAUGUGUAAUAUAAUACUAUAGUACUGUUGAAACAAA